GCUCAAAUAAAAGCGUCCAAAUUCAGUACCAGCUGCUUGGUUCCUGCCUCUUGCCCCACCCCACAUGCUCUCUUCCUAUAACAAAAGCUUUUCUUUAAACCUGAGCUUCUUGAGAUGCAUAAUGGAAAGAUAGGAAGCUGUCUGUUUGCCUUUUACCUUGCAUGGAAACUUGGUUUAGUGGUGGGUGUUUCCAUUUCCUCUCUCUCUAGUAUAAAACCUGUUUUCCUUUCCCUUCCUCAAUACCACAGUUCCACGUUCUUGGAUCACUUCUUUCUCUCCCCAACUUUCUUGACCCAAAAGCUCUCUCCUGUUUCCUCAAUUUGCCAUCCCCCUCUCUCUCUCUCUCUCUCUCUCUCUCUUGUCCAAACACCAUGCAUGAUUCAAUCGCCAUCCCUGCCUGCUUCUCCUCCUCAGGCGAGCAGCCAGCACCACCACCACAACAAGCAGCCACCGUGGUGACAAGAUCAGGCCAGUCGGUGUUCAUGUCCGUCUACAAAACCCACCUGGCCGGAAAACCUCGUUUCAUCACAAUCACAUGGUGCAAGAAUCUGCUGCUACAUGGUCUGUCUGUCUCAGUCCAAGCCAGUAGCAGCAACAUCAGCAAUGGUGGUAGUACUAGUAGUAGGGAUCAUACGGAUGAACAUCAUCAGCAUGAGUGCAAAGUGGAGCUAAAGCCGUGGUCUUUCUGGCGAAAACAUGGAUCGAAACAGUUCAUUGUCGAUGGUAAGUCAGUAGAAGUGGUGUGGGACUUGAAAUCGGUGAAAUUCGAAGGCGAGACGGAGCCGAGAUCAGAUUACUAUGUGGCCAUUGUAUGUGAAGAUGAAGUUGUUCUGCUUCUAGGCGAUCUGAAGAUCGAUGCCUACUUGAGAACCCGGUGCAGGCCUGCACUAAUCGAGCCGGCAUUGGUGUCGAGAAGGGAACAUGUGUUUGGUAAAAAAAGGUUCGUCACGAGGAUGAAGUUCCACCAUGAGAAGAAAGGUUGUUACCAUGAGAUCUGCCUUCAAUGCAACAGCAAUGGUGUGGAUCAUGAGAUGGAGAUCAGAGUGGAUGGGAAGAGGGAGAUUGAAGUGAAGCAUCUGCAGUGGAAGUUCAGAGGGAAUGAGUCGAUGGUUGUGAGCAACAAGGAUAGAGUGGAGGUGUAUUGGGAUGUUCAUGAUUGGCUGUUUGGUUCUGGACCAAGACAUGGGCUCUUCAUAUUCAAGCCAGUGUCAGGUUCUUGCUCUUCUUCUUCUGAUUAUGAUGGUGAUCAAGAAAUGAGGUUUGAUAGUGGAGGAGGAUCAGUUGGUGAUGGUGAUGAAAGUGGAGGAUCAUCGUCUAGCAAUUUUUGCCUGUUUCUGUAUGCUUGGAAAGUAGAAUGAAAUACUGAAAAUGGUGGGAUUGAGAUAAGCAAGCUGUCCAUUUUUUUUUUAUCUCUGGGGAUGUGGACCAUUGGGGAUGGAAGUUUGGGGAAAGAGGGGGUGGACAAGAAAUGGACAUAUGCCAGAUUGGAUCUCCAGAGACACAUGCCUAAUAAAUGCUUUAAUAAUAAUAAUAAUAAUAUUAUUAUUAUAACAACUGUGUUUUGGGUUCUUCAUGUUUCCCACCUUUUCAGGACAGUCAAAGGGAGGUCAAAGUUGAUGUAUAAAAGUGUAUGUAAAAGUUAUGAUGAUGAUCAUUUUGGUUGCAGCAGCUGGUGUGGUGAUGGUUGGUGGUGGGUAAAGUUGGAAGCUCCCACAAACAAAGGCAAAAGGCUUCUUUUUCUUGUACAAUACAUACUUCUGUUGUUCGUGUGUUAUUUCCUCAUCAUUUUAACCUUCCAUUGAAUUGGGAAGUUCGUCAUUUUCUGGUACUGUAUAUGGUUCCCAGAAAAUUUCAUUUAUCUUUUCUAUAACAAUAUACUUUAAUAUUCUUA